CAACACUCUCAUCCACAACAACACACAACCUCAUCAACUCAAACAAUCGACUCAUCCAACACCACCAACAACAUCACCAAAACCAACACCCACCUCAAAAUGCAGUUCUCCACCACUGUCCUCGCCAUCUUGGCCACCGCCGGCACCUCCUUCGCCGCCCCGGCUCCUGUCCCGGAUGUCGCAGUCUCCAAGAUGGUCUCAAACGCCCAAUGGACGAUCCGGGACUUCAAGCGUCAAUGCGCCAACGGCUCUUGCAGCUUCACUUACGCGAUCGACAACGGCGCCACCGUCACCGGCUGCGCCUACUCCGUCGCGGCAAACGGCGGCAAGUCGGCCGACCAGACCGACUACAGCAACAUCAAGUGCGGCGACUACACCAUCGGCAGCGGCUGGAGCGGCCAGUUCGGCCCCGGCAACGGUUUCACGACCCUGUCUGUUGUCGACAGCUCUCGCAAGAUCAUCUACCCGUCUUACAGCGACGCGACCAUCGCCAACGCUGGCAAUGGCCCUGUCAAGCCCGACCAGAGCUACACUCCUGCCCAGCUUUAAGCUGGACUCGAGAAUGAGAUUCGACUGGAUGUGGAGGAUUGAUCGACUGGAAGUGGAAGGUUGAUGGGCAGUUGGCAUGGGACGAGGUGACGAUCAGUGUAAUGUAAAUAAUGGCCUGCAUAGCAUAGCAUGACUUUCCUUGAUGAAUGCACACUCAAGUAAUGAAACUCGAAAUUGUCUCC